CGUAGAGGAGAGAUAUACCCACCGGAAACGCUGCAGUGCCAGCACAAAAUGUAUCGGAAAUAUGCAUUUUCUCUUUUUGUGAGUUUAUUUUUCACACUAUUCUGCAGUCGAGUAUAUUGAAUGCCACGGUCGUGCGAAAUCAUAGUGCUUGAUUUGAUGAAACAGUGCGCAGACUGUAUAGGAAACAUCACCAGGCUGUGGUGGGGAAGGCACAGCGGCCCUGCCUCCUUCAAUGACCGUCUUCAAGUGCUAGCGCUAAAAGUCUGCACUGGCGACACUGUAACCAUGGACGAGUACCAUAAUUUGCCUUAAGUACUACUGACGCUGAAUCUCUCGUGUAACUCUUUCACAAUGUCCGACUGCUUGUGCAGCUGGAACCUCCCAGUAGUCUGAUACUAACGUUACAGGCCUGCGUUUACCAUCUCGAAAUUUCUUGGCAGGUGGAAGCACACUAGCUGGUACUGCUAGCGUUGGGCUUUUCCGCACUGCACCUCUAGGGUUUGAUGGUGCAGCCUGUGUGCAGUGUGUUUUUUUUUUUUUUGUUGUUUUUUUUUGCUGGCCACACCUCUGCAUUGAUAUCUACCAAUUGGAGGACCAUUUGACACCAAAAAGUAUUUUAUGGGAUUCUUAUCAGCGAAAAAGAAGUGGACAUAAGCUAAAAUGGUGAACUGGAGGCGGCUACUGCGAAUGUCCAACCGAUCGUUUCUGGCCUUCAUAUUCUUCUUCUCCAUGUCCACCACUUGUCUCUACUUCAUUUACGUGGCUCCUGGAAUAGCCAACACAUACUUCUUCAUGGUGCAGGCUCAAGGCAUCAUGUUGAGGGACAAUGUGAGGACCAUCGGCCAGAUGAUCAGAUUGUAUACAAACAAGAACAGUACUCUUAAUGGGACUGACUAUCCUGAUGGCAGUAAUUCCACUGAGUACCUGGCCCAGCCAACCACUUACCUCCCUGAGAACUUUACCUACGCUCAGAGCCUCCCUUGCCCAGAACGAUUACCUUCUAUGAAGGGCCUUAUGAAAGUGAACAUGACAGAGAUCCCUAUGGAAGACAUAGAAAUGAAGUUCUCCAAGUUUUUUGAUGUCGAGUUUGGAGGCCAGUGGAAACCGAAGGACUGUAGACCCCGCUGGAAGGUGGCCAUCCUGAUUCCAUUUAGAAAUCGCCAUGAACAUCUUCCUAUCCUUUUCCAGCACCUCAUCCCUAUGCUGCAGAGACAGCGACUGCAAUUUGGCUUCUACAUCAUUGAGCAGCGUGGUACUCCACCAUUCAACAGAGCCAUGUUAUUUAAUGUGGGAUUCAUGGAGGCUAUGAAGGAUUUAGACUGGGACUGCUUGAUUUUCCAUGAUGUUGACCAUAUCCCCGAGAAUGACCGAAACUAUGGCUGUGGUCAGAUGCCACGCCACUUUGCUGCCAAGCUGGACAAAUAUAUGUACAUUCUUCCAUAUGAGUUCUUUGGUGGUGUGAGUGGGCUCACUGUGGAUCAGUUCCGGAAGAUUAAUGGCUUUCCUAAUGCAUUUUGGGGCUGGGGAGGAGAAGAUGAUGACUUAUGGAACAGGGUUCAUUAUGCUGAUCUGAAUGUCACACGACCAGAGGGAGAGAUUGGCAAGUAUAAGUCAAUUCCUCACCACCACAGAGGAGAGGUGCAGUUUCUUGGGAGGUAUAAACUGCUGAGAUAUUAAGAGCGGCAACACUUGGAUGGUCUCAACAACUUGCAUUACAGUCCCCACAUCUCGCUUAGCAGUCUCUACAAGAACAUCUCUGUGGACCUUUAUCCUGAGCUUGCCCCUAUCACAGACUACUAAACUGACCUAUCCACAUCGUCCUCCACUCCCUCAGCUCACCAAGCUCCUUUCCAGUUUGCCAUCCUGGUAUUAUAUUCAGCAGUUCAGAGGUGCAGCUGCAGAGAAGAGAAGGUGGCACAGAUUGUGAGGGAUAAAGUGAAUGUG